AUCAACAGAACACUACAGCAACUAGCCAACUUUCAUAUAUCAAUUAUCAAACAUACAACAAUGUCAUCAAUCUUCUGCAAUCAACCAAAAGACUUUGGAUUCCCAAUUGAAUUCCUAAUUGAAGAGGCUGCACCAAAGAAACACAUCAAUUCUACUCUCUCAACCCACAAACCACAUCUUGAUCUGUUAGAAUACGAGAACUCAUAUGAGGCUAGACUGAACCUGGCAGGAUACAAGAAAGAGGAGUUGGAUAUCUCAAUACACUCCCACAAGAUCACUGUAAAAGCAACUCAUCCAACUGAAGAAAACCAAGACAACAAAUUUAGCUACUUGAUUAAUGAGUGCAGGUCAUCUCCAACUGUUAGUCGGACAUGGAAGAUCCCAGAACAUGUCACAGAAGAUAACGUUCACGCCUCUUACACCGAUGGAUUGCUCACUUUGAGAUAUUCAAGACAUGCACCAGAAUCUGAACCAAAGAGAAUCAACAUUAAUUAAACUAGAAAUUUGUAUGAGUAUAUUUAUUGUUAUUAGUGAGUUUUAUUCGGUUGUGUUUGUGUUAAUAAAUGGACAGGUAGAGAUGUCUGAAACACGCUUUCUAGGUCGAUUAGGAAUUUGAAUCUGAAAACAGCAAAUACAACAAGUUGAUGCAUAUCUACAUUAUAAUCAGCUCAGCUAUACACUCCUUCACAGUACAUCACUUAGAACUUUUAGCAAGUAUUUGCACGCUUGUAUGUUUCUUUUUUUGGAUUGCUUUAUGUGGUAAGAUUUUCCACCAUCAGUUGUCUCAAUUGUUGGUUCCACAUGAUGAUAUUAGUAAUUAAGUUAUCAUACAAUAUAGGGAUUCGCAUUCGACUAUUUCAUGGAUUAUGAUGAAAAUAUAUACAGUUUUAUU